AUGGAGAAUCGAUUGGAGUUUGGAAUGAUGCUUGGCUGCCCUCCUUGGAAUAUCCAAGUGUUAUCAAAUCCGGUGACAAGCUUUGAAGAUAUGAAAGUUAAUGAUCUUAUAGACCCAGUUUCAAAGCAAUGGGAUGCAGGUUUAUUGCAGGGAUUAUUCAACUCUCAAGAGGUCGAAUUGAUAAUGAGUAUACCUUUGUGUCACACUUAUAUUGAGGACAAGCUGAUAUGGCCAUAUACAUAUUCGGGUAACUACACUGUGAAGUCUGAAAGUGAAUUCCAUGCCCUUUGGGAAUGCUCGGCACUCACAUCAGUUUGGAACUCAGUCCUAGAGCUACGGCUUCACCAUGAUCAGAAUGUACAUACUGUUUCAGAACUCAUCAAACUCAUUCAUGAUGAAGGAAAAGACAUCAAUUUGCUUGCCAUGAUCCUUUGGACAAUGUGGUAUCGCCGGAAUAAGCUCAAAACCACUAAUGAAGAUUAUCCAGUCAGCCAAGUCUCCACGAAUGCAAAGCAAGCACUCACCGAGUAUCACCAUGCAAACCAGGUCAUAACGCUCCAAUCCCCAAUUUGCACUUGUCCUCGGGUCAAAUGGAGCCCACCCCCUGCAAAAAACUUCAAGGUGAACUUUGACGGAGCCACAUUCAAAGAGAUACGUAAGGCUGGCCUUGGCGUCGUGAUCCGGAACUCCCUAGGACAACCAAUUGCUUCCUUAUCUAAAUUGGUGAAUCUGCCAUACUCUUCCGAUAUUGUUGAAGUAAUGGCUGCAGCUAGAGCCAUUUACUUUGCUCAAGAAAUUGGCUUAAAUUCCUUUAUCCUUGAAGGCGAUUCUGAAGCUGUGAUCAAGUGCCUUAGAAGUGAUGACGACUCCUUUUCUCCUUUUGGUCAUAUCCUUGCAGCAGCCAAAGCUACCACAGAGACCAGUUGUUGUAUUUUAUUUUCCCAUAUUCGUAGACUUGGUAACUCUGUUGCUCACAACCUAACUAAACAUGCAAGACAUGUUAGAGGUUUUUUGGUGUGGAUGGAGGAUGUUCCUCCACACCUUCAAGCUAUACUUUCAGCCGAUAAUGGCUAG